UGAGGCUAAAUUAACAGCUCUUACGAGUGACAAAAAAGAAGAAAAUACUGAAAAUGCUGUCUAUUUAUUGCAGCUAGAAGAGAAUUUCAGAAGAGAGUGAAUUUUUCCCGAUCGUACUUUUCGAGCUGACGUUAUAGAUUCUACUUUUACCUUUCGGAGCGUCUGCAGUUACCACAAGGAACGAUACCGAGCAAAAGAGUAUGUUAUUGCUGCUAUCGCCAUCUUCACUGGGUCGUGUUUAUUGGUGAUGAACGUUAACUUGGCAAGACUGAUCUGUUUUUGAGAUGCGAUUCGGUGGACCAUGCAUGCAUUGAGGGGUGCCCUGCACUUCGCUACAGCCCGCCGUCGAGUCGCUCCACUUUUCUGAGAAUAAAUGGGCUUCAGGAGGACAAGCACUUAACCUAAAUCCAAGCAUGAAUGUACAUGAAUUUCUGCAGUUGGCGAUUUCAUACUUACUUUUGCUCGGCUCUGCAACCCUUGGCCAAGGUUCAGCAUGCAGAGCUGGGUGCAAUCUUGAAAAUGGGUUUUGUGAUAAGUAUGGCGAGUGCAGGUGCAGGCCUGGCUGGCAAGGUUUGACAUGCGAGCAAUGUGUUCCUUUCCCUGGCUGCGUUCAUGGAAAAUGUGAAAAAGCUUGGCAGUGUAUCUGUGAGCAGGGCUGGGUAGGCAGUCAAUGUGACCAAGACAUCCAUCUGUGUUCAGCAGAGCCUUGUUCUGGCAAUUCAACUUGCAUUGAGACAGGAGAAGGAGGAUAUAUCUGCAUCUGUCCUACCGGCUACACAGGGAAAAACUGCCAGCUGAAGAAAGGACUAUGUCUAACAAAUGGCUCCCCAUGUCAGAAUGGAGGCACCUGUAUGGAUAAUAAUGGAUCUGACAGCCACUUGUCUUGCCUCUGUCCGCCUGGAUUCACUGGAGAUUUCUGUGAAAUUGAUGUUGAUAAGUGUGAGCCCAACCCAUGUCUAAACGGGGGCACUUGCACAGAUCAUGGUCUGGCUUACACAUGCCUUUGCCCCCCUGCUUUCUCUGGUCCCAUCUGCAACACCAACCUGGCUUCAUGCUCUGAGGCCACCUGUGGAAAAGGAGGCACUUGUUUAAAUGGGACUGAUGGUGGAACCUACUGCAUUUGCCCACCAGGCCUAACAGGACCUUCAUGUGAUCUCCACACUCACAAAUUGAAACCAAAAGCCAGGCCUAAGCCCCCAGGCCUAGGCCAUCCUCCCCUGCACUACGGCCUCCCAGCCAAUGCCUUCCACAAGCUUCUGAGGCCCCCCGAGCAUGGGCUACUUAAGAUCACCUUGAAGGAGACUGUGCAUACCUCCAGCCCCCUGGUCACCCACAGCCAGGUCAUCUGCUUUGCCGUACUGGGUCUGCUCACUUGCUUGGUGAUCCUAGGAACCACGGGCAUCAUCUUCUUCAAUCGCUGUGAGACGUGGCUGGUGAACGCCAAGUAUAGCCAGCUGGUCCGGCAGCAGAGGGACUACCUUCUGAAGGCUACAAAUGGCGAGGAUCACUCCAUAAACAUCAUCCUGCCAGAAAAAAUCAAGCUGACCAAUUAUGGAAAGCAUUACACCUCUAUAUAAGGCAGGGCCACAAAAUAGUUGUCCUUGGAGUUUUGUGUGCAAAGGAUUUUGUUAUGUGGGAGGCUUAAAUAAAUUGUAGGUGAAAAGGGGAGAGAAUGGAAACAUUUGUCACACAAACGUUAGAGUUACAUGUGACCCCAUGGAAAAUGAAAGGAACAACAUGAAAAAGGAAAAAGUUCUUAAAACAGAUUAAGCAAAAGAAUGUUUUAGAGUUUGUUACUAGAUUUGUUUAAAUAUACAACAUAGGUACAUAGAAUAAUAUGUGCUUCAAACUACAACUUAAGAACAAAAAAUGUAUCCAUAUUGGUACAAGUAGACUUUGACAAAAAACAUCUCAGUGUAGCAGGAGCCACAAUAGUGGAUACCUUUAUUAUUGUCAUAAAAAGCAGUGUAAUAAUGAAUACGAGAACAUGAGAGCUAAAAGCUAAGCUUUUACAAGAUGUACUACAUACUUAUUUGGGGCUUUAAAUAGGAUAUUUUUGGAGUGCCAACCAGAGUAGCAGUCCUAGGAAGUCUCAGAAUGAAAGCCUUGCAAUAAUCAGUUCUGUCCAUUUUUAACAGCUCGUUUGGGGCUGCACUUCACAGCAUCUCCUUGAUGUGAAUAUUAUCUGCUAACAUCCAGGGCAAGGCACUGUUGUUAACUGUUUGCUUCCUCCACACCACGUAGCGUAAGUGGGUGUAGGCAAGCAAGGGUUGUCUAGGGAAAGCCAGAGAGAGUUAAAUAAAUGGAACAGGAAUAGGCAAAGCCAAAAAAAGGUGGUUUUGGUCAGGAUUUGAAUGUUGGCACUGGUUGCAUUGUAUACUUUGACAGGCUACUUGCUUUGGAGUAUCUAGGAAACCACAUCUCAGGAACAUAAUGGAAACAAAAACUGGAGAAGGUUGGUUUUGUAGGAGGUAAAUGUGUGCACAAAUCUUGACCGCUAAAUAAAUGUGUUUCAGAUCCUACAUUUUACAGGUAGUCAUGGACAGAGGUCUUCUCCACAGUACUUUGAACAGUCAUGCUUCAAAGGCAAAAGUGAUAUUUUACAACAGUGUAAAUAGUCUAUUGGUCUAUUAAAAAAGAAAUUAAAAAUCAACUUUUUUGCAGUUGACUUGCUAGAUUGUUUUUACUCAGUCCCCUACUGCCAGUGUAUUUUACAAACUGUUAAUGAAAACAUUUACAGCAAAUACAUCUAAAUACGUGACUGAAACGUACAAAUAAAAUACAACUCACAAUAGCUAUUGAAAUGUUCAUCUAAAUGGUCAGUUCUUAUGCUGUGAAUUUAGAAAGUAAAUAUAAUGACCAACAGGCAAGGGCAUGUUUUAACAUUACUUUAAAAUAACAUUUUAAACACUUCAAAUUCUUUAAAACCAUUCUCUUCUUUCGUUUAAUUGUAUAUUGAACUAUUUUCAGACCUCUCAUGAGCCACAGGAUGCUUGGGUAUUUUUGAUUGUUUUUCUAUAUAUAUCAUUCUAUAUGUCACUAUAGAUGUAGUUUUGUGAAUUGUUAGGCUAAUCUUUCGAUUAAAAAAAGGAAGUUAUGAUAAAAAACGUGAUUAUUUAAUGAUUCAUCUUUCCCUCACUCAGCAAAGUAGGAUCUGUGGGUCAGCAAUAUAACAUGGGAUUCAUGUUAAAGUGGAACUGGACUGAAUCAAUGUAUAAAUCCAGCUUCAUAGUGUGCCUCUCAGGUGUUCUUCUGCCCCUCCAGAGAGCACUAAGAAUACAGCAAGUUGCACAUGCACAUUUCACAAGUCUGUCAUAUAUGGCGUAGAUGUAAUAUAUGGUUAUAUAUUGCUUGCGAUCACAACACCUCUAUUGCCAGCCAAAAAUUUAUGAAAAAGAGUUUUUCUCAGACUUCACAGCAACAUCAAAGGAAAAGCUACAGUGUCCUCUAAAAUACAGCAGGUCUCUGAUUAUUCCUAUCCUGUAAGUUUUCAUUUCCCCCUAACAAAGGGAUUUCGAAAGGUACAUACUGCCACCAUGUGACUCCAUGUAUAGCACUGUAAGAUGCUUUACCCAUUAAUCCCUUUUCCUGUUACCUCUUCCAAAAGGCCCUUGAUCUUAUGUUUAACAUUAUCUUACAAACUAGCUGCAAGAAA